UUCUCAUUUCUUCACUGUCAGGGCUGUAUGCUGUUGUGCAGCUAGCAACUGCGCUUCCUCGGCGUGUUUAGAUCUGUGUUUUGAGACAGUCCAGCGUCUCCAGGCUUCUGUUCUCUAUAUCUCGAGGUGUUUCGAGCGGUUUUGAGAUACUCGCGGUUUUUUUUGAGAGUGGCUUUUUGACUAGGGACAGCGGGAGAGUCGGUACUGAAAGGGGUGUGGAGGAUAGUAAGGGAAGUCUUGCACCAUGAGCGUGGUAGGGUUUGACGUAGGAAAUGAGAACUGCAUCGUGGGAGUAGCGAGGCAGCGUGGGAUUGACGUGGUGCUCAACGAUGAGUCCAAGCGGGAGACGCCGGGGAUGGUCUCCUUCGGUGAAAAGCAACGCUUCGUUGGAGUAGCUGGCGCGGCGUCGGCAUUGAUGAAUCCGAAGAACACCAUCUCUCAGAUCAAGCGCAUGAUAGGGCGGCCAUUUUCGGAUCCCGAACUGCAGAACGACUUGCGCCUGUUUCCGUUCUCGGUCACGGAGGGUCCGGAUGGCUUUCCUUCGAUUAAUGUGCAGUACCUGGGAGAGCCCCGCCAAUUCACACCUACGCAGGUUCUUGGUAUGCUGCUAUCAAAUUUGAAGUCCAUAGCGGAGAAGAAUUUAGGGACGUCGGUGGUAGAUUGUGUUAUCGGCGUGCCGGUUUACUUCACCGAGCUUCAGAGACGGGCGUAUUUGGAUGCUGCUCAGAUUGCUGGGCUGCACCCGUUGAGGUUAAUGCAUGAGACGACAGCCACAGCGUUGGCUUACGGGAUCUACAAGACGGAUUUGUCUGACACCGAGCCGAUCAAUGUGGUUUUCGUCGACGUCGGCCAUGCUAGUAUGCAGGUUUGCAUAGCCGCGUUUAAAAAAGGUCAGCUGAAGAUUUUAGGUCAUGAGUUCGAAAGGAGCCUGGGAGGACGUGACUUUGACGAAGUGCUCUUCAAUCACUUUUCUGCCAAGUUUAAGGAAGAAUACAAGAUUGACGUGCCCUCCAAUGCCCGUGCUAGUCUCAGGCUCCGUGCUGCAUGCGAGAAGGCGAAGAAAAUUUUGAGUGCCAAUCCUAUUGCCCCGUUGAACGUCGAGUGUUUGAUGGAUGAGAAGGAUGUGAGGGGAAUCAUUAAGCGGGACGAGUUUGAGGAGUUGGCCAAAACUAUUUUGGACAAAGUGAAGGGACCUUGCGAGAGGGCGCUCGCCGCGUCGAAACUCAGCUUGGACAAGAUCUACGCAGUGGAAGUUGUUGGAUCCGGUUCCCGUGUGCCUGCAAUUUUGAAGAUUCUGACCUCCGUGUUUGGGAAGGAGCCCAGUCGCACCAUGAAUGCGAGCGAGUGUAUUGCUCGCGGAUGUACACUCCAGUGCGCCAUGCUCAGUCCGACCUUCCGUGUUCGUGAUUUUGAGGUUCAAGAUUCUUUUCCCUUUGCUAUUGGACUUUCUUGGAAGGGAGCAGCUCCGGAGACAGAGGGUGAAGAAGAGGUCUCCUCUAAUAACAUUGUGUUUGUGAAAGGCAAUCCGGUUCCUAGUACCAAGUUGCUGACCUUUUACAGAUCAAGCACGUUCGCUAUCGACGCGUACUAUGCAGAGACGAGUGAACUGCCACCAAACAUGAAUCCCAGGAUUGCUACUUUUACGAUUGGUCCAUUCACGCCCACUGUGGCAGAGAAGGCAAAGAUCAAAGUCAAGAUCAGGCUGAAUCUGCAUGGUGUUGUGUCAUUGGAAGCUGCCACCAUGAUUGAGGAUGAAGAGGUGGAGGUACCUGUUACGAAGAAGGAUGAGACGGAGAAGGCAGCACCUCCUGCCGAUGCGAAGCCCGAGGAUGCAGGCACAUCAAGUGCAGAGAAUGGUGCAGCGGACGGGGUUGCUAAUAUGGAAACCGACGCUCCCAAGCCAGAAGUUGUGAAGAAGAAGAAGGCAAAGAGGACUGACAUAUCUGUGCAUGAGGUGAUUCACGGUGGACUACCUCAGCCUGAAUUGACGAAGGCUGUUGAGAAAGAGUACGAGAUGGCGCUCCAAGAUCGCGUCAUGGAGGAGACCAAGGAGAGUAAGAAUGCCGUGGAGGCUUAUGUCUAUAGCAUGAGAAGCAAAUUGUACGAAAAACUUCAAGACUAUGUGACCGAGUCUGAACGCGAGGAUAUGUCCGCCAGGCUACAAGAAACUGAGGACUGGUUGUAUGAAGAUGGAGAGGAUGAAAUCAAAAGCGUUUACACUGCCAAGCUUGCGGAUCUCAAGAAGCUUGGAGAUCCAUUAGAGACCAGGCAAAGAGAAGAGGAGCUUAGGGGCCCCGCUAUCAGGGAUCUGACCUAUUGCAUCACUAGUUUCCGAGAAGCUGCUCAAAGCAAGGACCCCAAGUUUGAUCAUAUUGAUGCGGCUGACAAAGAGAAGGUGGUCUCCGAGUGUAACAAGGCAGAGGAGUGGUUCAAGGACAAGAAGCAGCAACAAGACGUACUACCCAAGUGUGCCAAUCCUGUCCUACUUUCAGCUGAAGUGAAGAAAAAGACUGAAGUCCUUGACAGGUUCUGCAAACCUAUCAUGACCAAGCCAAGGCCAGCGCCACCGAAGCCUGCCCCUACCGCAGAGCCCAAGCCUGCUCCAGCUCAGCAAGCCCCAGCAAGUGGUGAUGCCCCCGCUGCCGAGCCCAUGGAGACCGAUGCUCCAGCACCAGCUUCUGAACCCGAGACCAUGCAGACACAGUAACAGAAAUAGAAGUAGACUACCUCAAGAUUAGAAUUGCAUAUUAUGAGUAGGUACUUGAAGUACUUGAAUUAUAGCCAAACCUAGACAAGGGACAACAUACUUAAAGUGCAGUGGUUCUCUAUUUUUUUGGGAGGAGCAAAUCAACGUAGUCAGGACAAUUUUUGCUCAUUCUGCUCCCCAUUCCUUAAUUUAACGGGUUCAGCAGCUUCACAAAGCUGUAGGCAUUCUAAUCUUGACAAAGUUGUGUCA